AUAUAUAUAUGUGUUGCUGGCAUUAUUUUUAAGGCUUUUUAGCAUCAUCGAUAGGCGUCUAUCGACGGCUGUCAAAUCAAUCGAGUAGUAAUAGCUUGCAGUAGCACGAUGUCCUUUUAAAACUGUAUAAAAUUUUACAUUAAAAACAACACUAAAUGUUUGAAGUGGCGACGGUCGAGCUUACGUUGUUUCAUUGCCUGCGCACAGUUUUAUCACAACCGAAUCAGAACAAACAAUAACAUCUAACAGCAACAACAACCAGGAAAGCCGAUAGUGCAACGGCAACAAAUAUCUAACAUACCACACAGAUAACAUCCGUCAAUAAAAAUGGCUGAGGCAAUGGUCGUUGAAGAGCACCCCACGGUGCCGAAACGUUUUUUCUGUCACAUGUGCAAUGUGGAGAUCAACAUUCCGAAUACCGAUUACACUUGCCCACUUUGCUCGUAUGGAUUCGUUGAGGAGUUGCCAGCAAACGCACCCGAAUUGUCAGCCUCUACCAGCAGUAGCGCUUUAAAUAAUGAUACGGCCAGCGCAGGUACCAGCAUAAGUGGUACCAAUGCCUCUAGUAGCGGUAACAGCGCCGUUGAAUCACUACGGAACGAUAUUGUGUCGCUGCUCAGCAUGCGGAAUGUGCCUAAUUUGGAAAUAACAAUCGAGCCAAAUAGACGUCAUACCGGUGUCAUGCACUUGGGUGGCCCCGCCGGUGGCAUUGGUUCGAGCGGUUCGUCUAGUGGGGCGCCCAGUAUUGCUGGUGGUCGGGUGCGACCGGCCAAUUUGGAUCGUUUGGACAACGUGCUGUAUGAUUUUCUGCAGAGUUUGCCUUUGGCUGGCGCGACAGCUGAAAUUGUAACCGGUCCAGGUGGUGGCGGUGGCGUUGGCGGCACAGGCCAUUCUCAUAUGUUCUUUAUGGGCAAUCCGGGCGACUAUGCGUGGGGACGUGAAGGGCUCGAUACGAUCGUUACUCAGAUGCUCAAUCAAAUGGAGACAUCGGGUCCACCGCCCUUGUCCACGCAACGCAUCAACGAAAUACCAAAUGUGAAAAUUAGUGCCGAGGAAGUGGAACGCAAAAUGCAAUGUUCUGUUUGUUGGGAUGACUUCAAGCUGGAUGAGUCAGUACGCAAGCUUCCUUGUUCGCAUCUUUAUCAUGAAAAUUGUAUUGUGCCAUGGCUGAAUCUGCACAGCACUUGUCCCAUUUGCCGCAAAUCUUUAGCCAACGAUGAUGACAACGACGACGCCGCUUCCAUUGAUGAGGACUAUGCGCUGCUGAACAGCUUUAUCGAUGAGAAUGGCAGCGGACGCGCAGGCGGAAGCAGCUAUCCUACUACAAGAGCGCCAAUAUCCGCCAAUGCAUCUAGUCAAACAGCUGCCUCACAAUCGGAGCAGACAACAGCCCCAGCAGCCACACAGCAGCGCAACAACGUGUUCACCUUUGACGAUGACAAUAUGUUUUUGGACUAAUUCAUAGAUUAUUAUGGAUAGGGGAUCGGGUCGACUGUAACGGAUCGGUUCGGAAUGUGGAUGGUAAACCUGAUAUUCAAAAUUAAAG